GCCAUUUCUACCGUUAGAUAUAUCAACCAUUCUACGUAUUAUUGUUGGAGAGUGGCUGUCUUCACCCGCUUUCAGGCAAGGGACGGGGAACAAAGGGUCUUGUCUCUUCCAGCGCACGAGGAAAGAGGGGAUACCGAGGGUGGAAAAAUGUGGGGGGUACAUGGUAGUCUAGCUAUUGAGGUGGGAAACGUGGGGCGCCACUUCCUCGUUCUCACGCAUCUGAUCACAGUUCUUUUUCCACCAUCCCGUCACACCCUGGAAUCCGAGCGUGAGCGAAUCGUCUGUUCCAAUGGCAUCAUCCGUCGAGGACUGUGACUGUGGCUUCACCGACUCUCACGACCCUACGCAAAGCACCUUCACGAGUUUCCUUGCAGUCAACUUCAGCUCGAUCCCGGAGGAACAAUUCAACAACAUCUUCAUCCGAGCCACGUAUGAGUUGACGCCAGACCACUCCUCUUAUACAAGAAACUUCUCCGCUGGCCAGGUACAGCUUUCCGAUGCUGGAGUCCACCUCACCGUGUCACCUGCCGUGGAACACCAGGUUCCCUGUGCGCAAAUCUUCACACGCGCAAGGACCUUUUUCUACGGAUCCUAUCAUGCAUUGUUCCGCAUCAGCGACGUCCCGGGGACGGUGUCAGCCUUCUUCAACUACCACAACGAUACCUCGGAGGUAGACAUUGAGCACCUCAACGCGUGGGACGAGCCGACACUGCUAUACACCGUCAAGCCUCAGCUCUACGGCCCCAGCGGCAACCCGGACAACAGCACCUACCAGCGCGAGAUAUGGAACAGCACAUCCGGAGACGCGUUCCACGACGGCUUCCACGAGUGGUCCUUCGUAUGGCAGCCCGACAUUGUGCACUAUGGCCUCGAUUCCAACUACUCUCGCGUCAUCACGACGAACGUACCCCAAGCGCCCGGCCGCCUUGCGCUGAGCCAAUGGUCCGACGGCAACCCAAAGUACUCACUUGGGCCCCCCACAAGGGACAGCGCCCUCACCAUCGCGUUCCUCUGGGCCGUGUAUAACGAUGCCAACGCCAGCGCGCUUGCGUGCAAAAAAACCACUUCGCCGUGCAAGAUCACGAACGGCGUUUUCCAGCCCGGCAACCCCAACGCGAGCGGAGGCGACCAAAGCAAUCGCCCGCCGUCAGGGACCAUCAGUGUCAACUCAUCAGCUGCGCAGUCGGCGGGCGCGUCUCUGACCGCCACCUCUGCGGUAUCGAGCUGGCUGCUUGCGGCUGUGCUGUUUCUUUGGUUUCGGUCCUGGCGCGCUUAACAGUUCUAUACCUCGGAUGGUUUACAUUUUCUAGAGCUCUGUGCGACAUCGCAUGAUACCUUUGCAUCGUUCCUUCUACGGAUUCAUUCUCUCUUUAUCUUACCUCUUUUCUAAUGUAUAUAAUUGCGUAAGCGCAUACUAGUCGAUCUUUCACCCUCCUAUAUAUAGAGAAUAGCUGCACGACGUUUGCUAACGCCUAGUAACAGUAUACAAUCAAAAGAUCAAAGAUAUGCUUACACGUAUUUCAAAGAUUGCUUGAGGAUAUUCAACGAGUCUGGAUAACAGUAACGGUUAAAGUUAGGGUUGAUUUUUUUCUCCCCGUUUAAAAC